UAAUGACUCUUGCAGUUGAGCCCUCAGCCAUGCAAGCCCCAGAGUGGAGCCAGUGGGAGGACCAGGUUUUUCCUCUAGUAUGGGCAUCGGGGGUCCCAGGAAAGGCAGCCCAUCACACCCCCAUUAAGGUUCAGCUCCUGCCAGGAAAAGGUCCAGUGCGGAUCAAGCAGUACCCGAUCAAAAGGGAAGCCAGAGAAGGGCUGCAGGAAACUAUAGAUCGGUUUCUGAAGUAUGGGAUACUGCAAGAAUGUCAAUCAGCCUGGAACACCCCCAUCCUGCCUGUUCUAAAGCCCAAUGGCACAUAUCGGCUGGUCCAGGACCUGAGGGCGGUUAAUGAGCGGGUUAAGACUCUGCACCCCCUUGUUCCAAACCCGUAUACACUGUUGGCAUCUAUAGGGGGGCAGUACACCCACUUUUCGGUCCUGGACUUAAAAGAUGCUUUCUUCACAAUUCCGGUUGAUACUCAAUCUCAGGAGAUUUUCUCCUUUGAGUGGGAGGACAAGAAAAGGGUUAAAAGGCAGCUUUGCUGGACUGUAUUAGCUCAGGGGUUUAAAAACUCCCCCACCCUUUUCAGCCAGGCUCUGGCUAGAGACUUGGAAGAAUGGGAUAAUGCAGACAAAGUCCUCCUCCUGCAGUAUGUAAAUGACUUGUUAAUUGCUGCUGUGGGUCUAACUCCUUGGCUUAAGGCUACUGUGAGCCUCCUGAACUUUGCUGGACUCCGAGGAUAUCGGGUAGCUCGGAGCAAGGCUCAAAUUGCCCUCUCAGAAGUACAGUACUUAGGGUUUCACAUAUGGCAGGGAGAGAGACAGCUUUCAAAUGAAAGGAAGGAAGCAAUGUGUCAAAUUCCUGUCCCCAGCAAUCGUAAAUGGCUCAGGGCUUUUCUGGGCAUGGCAGGCUUCUGCAGAAUAUGGAUCCCAGAGUUUGGACUGUGGGUUAAACCUUUGUAUGAAUGUGUUAAGGGAGCGGACCACGACCCCUUUCACUGGUCCUCAGAAGCCGACAAGGCAUUUAAAGUGUUAAAGAGAAAACUAAUGGAAGCCCCCGCCCUCGGUCUGCCAGACCUCUCUAAGCCAUUUCAACUGUAUGUGCAUGAAAGAAAGGGAAUAGCCCUGGGAGUGCUUACUCAAUUACUAGGCACCUGGAAAUGUCCUGUGGCAUAUUUCUCUAAACAACUGGAUCAAGUUGCCAAGGGGUGGCCAGCAUGCUUGCGGGCGGUUGCGGCGACUGCCCUAGUGCUUGGGGAAGCAGAGAAACUGACUUUGGGGGGAACUGUGCAGGUGUAUACCCCUCAUAUGGUCCAAGCCUUGCUGGACACUAAGGGUGGUCUCUGGCUCACCCAGGCUCGGGUGGCUCAGUACCAGGCUAAACUGCUAGAAAAUCCUGAGGUUUCCCUGCAAACCUGCCCCUCUCUUAACCCAGCCACUAUGUUACCAGAAACAGAAGAGCAGGAACACGACUGUUUAGAAAUCAUAGAUACCCAAUACUCCAGCCGUCCAGACUUAAAAGAUCAGCCACUCCCGAAUGCAGAGUAUGAGUGGUACACUGACGGCAGCAGCUUUGUCACAGACAGACAAAGGAGGGCGGGUUAUGCUGUUGUAACUCUCCACGAAACUGUGGAACCGGAGUGUUUGCCUGCUGGAACGUCAGCCCAGCUGGCUGAAUUGGUAGCUUUAACCCGUGCACUUGAACUGUCAAAAGGAAAAAGAGUUAACAUUUUUACUGAUUCCAGAUAUGCCUUUGGAGUGCUACACGCUCAUGCAGCUCUGUGGAAGCAAAGAGGAAUGCUGAAAGCUGAAGGUUCUCCGGUUAAGCAUGGGACACAGAUUCUCCGGCUUCUGGAAGCAGUACAGCUCCCCUCAGAGGUAGCAGUUGUACACUGCAAGGCUCAUCAACGAGAAGACCAAGAUGUGGCCAAGGGCAACGCCAGGGCAGACAGGGAAGCCAAGCGAGCUGCCACCCUGGAACCAUUGGGAGCUGAGGAGACUCAUUUGCAUGCCCUUAUCCCAUCAGUGGGUGAGCUCCCAGCCCCUCAGUACUCUCGCGAAGAAAGGAACCUGGCUAAUUCACUUGGGCUCCAGGAGAAGGAGGGAUGGCUCCACUCCACAGAAGGGAAAAUCCUCCUACCUAAAAGCCUAAUAUGGCCAGUGCUACAGAAACUACAUCAGACCACUCAUGCUGGAAGGAAGGCUCUCACUCAGCUUAUGAAUAAGUAUUUUCUAACCUCUGGACUUAGACCCCUGGCUUCUCAGGUACAGGCUGAGUGUUUAGUCUGUCAAAAGAACAACCCUCGACCAGGAGUGUUAGUGCCACCCACCACUCUGGAACCUACCCCAGGGCCAGGAUUAGUAUGGCAAAUAGAUUUCACUGAAUUCCCCCGGACCCAAGGGUUCAGAUACCUCCUCGGCUUGGUGGAUCGAUUCAGCGGAUGGCCUGAAGCCUUCCCAUGCUGUAACAACACUGCCAAAACGGUGGCUCUCAAAUUUGUCAAGGAGAUCAUUCCUCGCUUUGGAAUCCCCCAGUGGAUGGAAUCUGACAACUGAACACACUUCACAUCGCAAGUCAUUCAGGGGAUUUCAGAUGUCCUACAGAUCCCCUGGAAGCUCCACGCUCCAUGGAGACCACAGGCUAGUGGAGUAGUGGAACGCACUAAUCAGACACUCAAGCGGCAUCUCUCAAAGGUCUGCCAAGAGGCUUCUCUUCGAUGGCCUGAUGCCUUACCCCUUGUUUUGCUCCGAGUUCGCGCUCUCCCAAAGGGCAGGUUAGGGCUUAGUCCCUUCGAGAUUAUGUUUGGGAGGGCAUGGCCUAUGAAUGGUACACCGGUUCUGUUAGGGGAGUGGGAGGUAGGCUGCGGUUUCUUAUCUCAGUACAUGUGCUCUCUGUCUGCUGUUCUCUGUUCUCUCCACAGGUAUACCAAAGAUUUGCAGCCUCUCCCGCUGGAUGCCCCUGUCCACUCCCUGCAGCCCAGUGACUCUGUUCUCGUUCGUACCUGAAAGGAUGAGCCUCUUCAAGAGAAGUGGAAGGGACACCACACCGUCCUGCUGAUCUCCCACACAGCAGCAAAGGUCGAGGGAUACAAGAACUGGAUCCACCACUCUCGUCUGAAAGCAGUGCCAGCUCCUGAACGGUGGACCGUCCAGCCCGCGGAGAAGACUGCCAACGACGAUCUGGGACUUAGACUGUUAUUUAAGCGGCAGUAAGGCCUGCUGGGAAUGCCCUGUGACCCCUUUGGACAGUUACAGCACACUCCCCAUGAAAACUCUGAGCGUUGGCUGUGUUUAUUUUCACAGGGCCAGCCUAACUUGUGGGCCUUUGUUUUUUAAUCUGUUUGUUAUUGGUAGUUGUUAUAUUGUGGGUAUUUGGGGAAUUGUAAUUGUUAGGCCUUAGAGUUAUUUGCCCAGUAUGGAUUCAGGCCUAAGGUUUGCCAUAGUGUUACUCUUUGCUAUGGGAACACUCCUCUCGUUAACUCCCGUUUCUCCUCAGGUACAUGCGGGAUGGAGGGGAAUCCCUAACAAAUUAGAAGCAAAUAUGUACGAGGGCCUGAAGGUUUGCUUUGCCCAAGAGUUUAAUCUCUCUAACUGCUGGAUAUGUUCCCAAAUCCCGCACCAUGCAGCUGGGUUGCCCUGGAGGGUGGUCCCCCAAAAUUGGUCAGAUCUCUGUUGGGGAUGGUUCAGUAGGGGAAGAAACACCUCGGGUACCCCCUUGUUACAAAACUGUACUAUUGAAUCCCAAUAUGCAUUGAGGGAUGACCCCUGGGAACCGCAGGCCAACUCUACGCAUAUUCCUACCCCAUUAGGCUGCGGUCAGUGGACCCCGGGCUGGUGUGCUAUCGACAGUUCCAGUCUGACAAUCACACCUGGUCCGCUGGAAAUAGCACCUGUCAGUAUUAUUUUCCCCCUGACAGGAAUGAUUCUCUCCCGGUCUAAGUUAAUGGCAAAUCUAACUCUAUCGCCUGGUUUGGAACUCUUAGUGUGCCCAAGCAGAAAAAUGGAGUAGUGGUUAUAAUGGGUUUGUAGGAAAUGGCCACUCCUUUUAUGUUUCUGGUACCUCUGCCUAUAAGUGGCUACCGCAUCGGUGGUAUGGAAGCUGUUACGUAGGAUAUCUUGCCCCUCCCCUUCGAGUGCUCCCUAAACUGCCUCCUGGACGCCCCAGGCAGCGUAGGUCCUUGUAUGCCACCCCAGAGCCCAUUAAGGAGGGAGACAGACUUGGCAUGAUCCUCCUCCCAUCUUCUGGGGUGGGACGGCUGUCUCAAAUUUAUCGUAGGCUCUCUACGUUUCUCACUAAGUUUGCCAUUGAGACCCUGGCCAUAGAGAAAAGCCUUAACUCAGAGCUUUAUGAGCUCCAGUUGCUGGCCUUGCAGAACAGACAGGCCCUGGAUUAUGUUUUAGUCUCCCAGGGCGGGGUGUGUGCCCUUAUUGGGAACGAAUGUUGUACUUAUAUCCCAGAAAACUCACAGGACAUUAACAAACACACCCUGUCAGCUGAACAGGCUUUCAAGCAGUGGAAGGCCCAGGAAGGGCAACCCACAAUUUUCGAUUCCCUUUGGAGUUGCUUGCCCAACCUAGGAGGACUGGGAAGUGGCCUUGUGCGUCUGCUCCUCACAGGUAUGUUACUGUGCCUGGUCACCCUCCUCUUAAUUGUUUGUUUUAAACUGCUCCUCCGUAAUCUUUGUGCCCCCCGUGCCCCAAAGGUUCCUAUGUACCCUCUCAUUGAGAGCCCCAGCUCCAGGGCACUCAAUCACAUUUUGUCCACAGUAUAUGAGAACACUCAGCCAAAGGUUUGUUGAGUAUUCUCAAAGGAGGGAAUUGUUGGUGUCAUCAGUCAUCUAUACUAGGCCUGAAUGAACCAAGUUAUUUUAGGUUUGUCCAGAGUGCUUCCAUGUUAAACUCUGAUUAACCUUGCAAGUCAGAAUUAAGAAUGGAAUGUGUACCUGCUCCUUAUCAGUGCAACACUGGUACCAGGAGAUAAUAAAGAGGCCUGUUUGUAUCUGGCUUGGGGGGGGGGGGUGGGCAAAGUAAUA